AUGGCAGUUGCCUGCUCAGGCUUUUUGGCCUCUGCUCAUCCCGGGCCACACGCACAGCCUAGUGCAUUGGAGCUGGCAACACGGUCUGAAAAGGCACAGCGAUGCUCCAACAUUGUCGGAGCAAGCAAGAUGAAACGACAUGCUCUCCGUCGUAGGGAAAUGGCCAAGCGAGAUGCAAAUGGGGAAACCACCUAUGAGAUCCAUGCCGAGGCUCCCAAGUACGACUUCUUGAAAAAUGGCACCACCAUCUUGACUCCCGAAGUUAGUGGGGGGCCCUACUGGUACCCCCCGAGCCAGAAGCUUCGCCAGGAUAUUGCAGAAAGCCAAGAUGGUGUUCCCCUUGUGCUGGAUAUUGCACUUAUGGAUAUCAAUACCUGCGAGCCAUUGACUGGAGUUUUGGUGGAUAUUUGGCACUGCAACGCCACCGGCUCUUACAGUUCCUUCACUGGUCUGGAUCCCAAUGAGUCGCUUGGAAAGGUAUAUAAAGAACAGACCGGAAGGACGUUCUCCGCAUCUGGUGGGCUUCCAAAGUCCAAGCUGGAGGGUCUCUCGACUGAUAGCAAGACUUGGCUCCGAGGCAUGUGGCCAACGGACAAGCACGGAGCGACUUCGUUCCAGACCAUCUUCCCCGGAUUUUAUAUCAAACGCGCAAUUCACAUUCAUGUCCAGAUCCACACAAACUGGAGUGUCAUUCUUAAUGGCACCAUUUCUCACGGCCCCAUCGUCAGUACCGGACAAAUAUUCUUUGCCGAGGAUUUGGAGGAGGAGAUCAUGGCUUUGGAGCCCUAUGCCAGCCACACUCAGGUGGCUCGUCUGAAGAAUGUCGAUGAUGUAAUCUACACCAAUGAGUCUUACACUGGUGCAAUGACCAUCAUGGAUUCUGAGCCUUUGGAUGGAAAGUCAUACAAGAACGGUGUCCUUGGAUAUAUUACUCUGGGAAUCGAUACUACUUCGAUCAAGGAUGGUACUACGCAGAGUCCAGCCCCGCCGGUGGUCUCUGAUCCUCCCACUAUCAACUAA